AUGUAUAAUGAUAGUCAAAUAGAUCCUACAUUCUUUGAACAGCUAAAUAAACAUAUAUCGUUAAACGCUUCAACGUUCGUGGGUAUAUUCAAGAAGAAUGACAUAGAACGUAGAGAUAGGAACUUUAAAUUAAUUGAUAAUUGCUCAGAUUUCUCUCUUUCAGUGGAAUCUAGUUAUCAUUCUCAUCUGGGUUGCUCCAAUGACUUUGCAAUCUUUACAAUUGCGGAGCAAAAAACCGUAAAACACCAUGGAGACUACAAACACACUGUUGACUUGGUUAUUACAAUAAAAUGCUACUACAAAAAUUACAAAGGCCUUCUAUCUACCUUUUCCUUCCAGGUUGUAGUAGAUUACGAUGUUUCCAAACAAGGUUAUUUUCAUCAUAUAUCGGUGAAUUCAAAUGGUACCAUAUUACUCAUCCAUUCUCAAACGACUUGUGUCGUUUCCAGGGUACCAGUUAGAGUAUCAGCUAGCUCACUUCUUUCAGAUGAAAAAACUACAUUACAACUGUUGCAAGGUAUAAAAGUUGUUGAACUCGAUGAAGGUUGUAACAUAGUAAAAGCGAUGUUUAGUUGCAAACAUCCAAAUGUCUUUUGUUUGGUAUCCAUGGAAUCGUUAGAUAUCGCUGGCAACGGUAACUACAGUCUUGCCAAAUUGGCUCAUAAGAAUAAUUUUGAGAUUUUUAACGAUUAUAUGGAGCUUUUUGGUGUUAUUAGAAUGUUUGAUGUCGAAUCAAGUAUUGAUACUCCGAUCCUUAGCAUGAAAUUAUCCGAAGAAAUGUGCAGGUUGGGGAGGGAAACUUAUGAUACUCCUAAUCGAUACGAAAGGAAAAGACUAAAAAUACCAGGUGCCAUAGUUGAUCUUUUUUGGAAUGAGAAUGAUACUUCACACAUAGGUUCUUUGACUUUAUUUGUUUUGUCAAAUUAUGGCCUAGUUUUUGCCUACUCUCCAGUUAUUGUGGAUACACAUGAUAAUUUUAAUACUAAACUAAAAUUAGUUGAAAAAUCCUUGGAUCUUUUGGAGAAAGGUUUUAUCUUUGAUGGAAAUCAAACCUCAAUGGAUACGAAAUCUGACGUUAUACGUCUUCUGAAAUCGUUAUAUAUCCGCAAGAAUUCCGUGGAAAACGUAGAUGUCGAAUUAUUUCCAACAAUAGUAAAGUUGGAAAUUGACACUAAAAGAAGCGUUUCAUAUUCCAAUUCAUCGUUUGAAUCAUUUACAGUAUUGUCCACCUACCCAGAACUUAUCAUUAUUGCUUCAACAUUUGAUGGUAGUAUUUCAGUUUUUAAAUCGUCAUCACUAUUAGUACCACAAACAUCGCACUUUUUCAAUCCAAAUACUUUUAGAAAUUUGCACUAUAUCGAUUCUUUUGAUAUGUUGGGGAACAGUUGUUUUAAAGGAAGCAAAAUAUCGUUUAUUCCAAUCUCCCCUUCCACAUGUUUACUAUAUUCACUGUACGAAUCCUUUAUUCUCACAUUUUCCAACGUUUUAAAAAUAACCCCGAUACUCAAAAAUACCAAAGUUGGGGAUUUUUUGUAUUAUUUUUCACAACCUACGAUGUAUCUAAAACCAGGUGAAAAUAGAGCUGAAUAUUCACGGGCUGAAAAUCGCAACUUGUUCCUUUUAUUUCCAUACUACUGUUAUAUAAGGGACUACGAAAUUCUCAAAUAUGAUUCAAUAAUUGCAAGGACUAUGAACCUAGAUUCUAAUACUAGUAGAAUAGAUGAGGAUGAUUUUGUUUUUCGAUGUCCAUCCAUAAAGUCAGGUUCCCAAGUUGAUAUUAAUUCCUAUGAUAAUGAGCUCUUAAAAAAAUCAUCCAGGGUUCCGGAAUAUGUCCUGUCAUCAUAUAAAAAAUUUAGUGAUUCAUUUAACGGUUUAAAGAUUUGCAUUAGUGACAAGGCUGUAUUUAAACAGGUUAGUGAUUUUCACCAUCUUCUCAUCCUUUUUCAGAAAAUUAUUAGAUUUAUAAGGAUAAUUUCUUCAGCAGAUUCCGAUACACUUCAAAACAUAAAGACGGGAUCAAACUACGGGGAAAUGAUCAACAAAAUGCGAAUUGUGAACGAAGAUAUCGUAAACUCUAUUGAUUUACACUUUAAUAACAAUUUCAAGCUCUACAGUUCCAUGUUUGAAGAUUUGAAAACAAGGAUAAAUAGCGCCCGUGAUUUAAAUCAAACUAUAAUAAUCAGACAUGAGGGGCUUAUUAGGCUAAUUUCAAGAAUUAGGGAAUUGCAGAUUAUAAAUAGUAGCAUGAUCUCAAUAUCGAAUAUGAUUACUAGUGUCUAUCUUAAGCACUCAUCACGUUUACUUGAAGAUAUGACCCGUAAAGCAAAUGAAUCACGGAACUUUGAUAACGAUAGUCUGAAGGAGUUAAUAAGUUUGUUUAAAUAUAAUAUUUAUAAAAUCUGCAGGUGA